CUUCUGCAUUCAUUGCUCCUUCUUCUACUGGACUUGGUUCAACAAAUCCAUCUUCUACAAACUCUUAUACAUCUUGGGAGCCUAAAAGAACCUUCAUUUGAAUGCAUCAUAUAUCUUUUUUUUUUUUUUUUUUGUCAAUUUGAGGAUCUGGAGUUGGUUGGUACUUGAGGAAGAGGUCAUAACUUAACUUAUGCUCUUAUACCAAAUUUUGAUCUUGAUAGGAAGAAGGGAUAGAGUUAUCAAAUAGAGAAAUAGUAGGACAAGCUUCAAUCUUCUAUAUUUAUCUGAAAAUUUUUUUUUACAAUUUCAUAAACUCUAUCUGUUUCAUGACCCAACGGGGUUUAUAUAGUCCUCAAAGAUACAUUAAAUUAAUUAUAUUUAAAAUGAAUCAUUUAAAUCCUUUCAAAAAUUAAUAACCAAUUUGAUUUAUCUUUUCAUAUAUAUUUAAUCUAUUUUUUUUAAUCUCCUUUUUUUCAAUAAACUUUUCUUUUGAUGGAAUUAAUCUUUUAUGAUAUUUAAACAGGUUUAAUUCCAACACUAAGUGUUCUUAAAUUUAGAGGGCGAGGGAGGCGGAGGUAAACAUCGAGGUCAAAGUGUGCUGGGUUUUGUUCUCUUUUGGUUUCAUAACGUUGGAAGGAAGAAAGGAAGGUAAGGCUUUUCUCCACUGCAAACAGUGCAGCGAAAAGUGACGAGCAACAGUGAGCUGAGUCGAGUCGUCAUGAGCGCCGAGACACUCCCCCCGCAACCGCCGCCUCUGCCCGCAACGGAUCCACCGAGCAGCCCCACGCCAAGGAUCUCCAUAGUGCAUGGUCCUGUUAUCGUCGGCGCCGGCCCCUCCGGCCUCGCCGUCGCCGCUUCCCUCCGCCGCCUCUGCGUGCCCUCGGUUAUACUCGAGCGGUCCGACGGUAUCGCCGACCUGUGGAGCCACCGCAUGUACGACCGCCUCACCCUCCACCUCCCCAAGCCCUUCUGCCAGCUCCCGCAUCUCCCCUUCCCCGCCUACUUCCCGUCCUACCCCUCCAAAGACCACUUCCUCGGAUACUUGCACGCCUACGCCCACCACUUCUCCCUCCGCCCGCUCUUCGGUUGCACCGUGAUGGACGCCCGGUUCGAUCCAGCCGUCUCCCUCUGGCGAGUGACGUCGAGCCGCUCGACGUCGUCGGUCUCGAGCGAGACGUUGACAGAGCCGAGGGAGCCGGAGGUGGUGGAGUUCCUUUCGCCAUGGCUGGUGGUGGCGACGGGGGAGAAUGCAGAGCCGGUGGUGCCGGAGAUCAAGGGGGCGGAGGGGUUCGAGGGGAGCCUGUUGCACUCGAGCGAGUACAAGAGCGGGGUGGAAUAUGAGGGGAAGAGGGUAUUGGUCGUGGGGUGUGGGAAUUCCGGGAUGGAGAUAUGUGUGGACCUGUGCGAGCACGGAGCAAUGCCCUUCAUGUCAGUGCGAAGUGGGGUGCACAUUUUGCCGAGGGAGAUGCUGGGGACCUCCACGUUUGGCGUGGCGAUGAAGCUGCUCAGAUGGUUGCCAACCAAAGUGGUGGAUAGGUUCCUGUUAAUCAUGGCCAAGAUGAUGAUCGGAGACACUGAGAAGUAUGGUCUGAAGAGGCCAAAGGUUGGCCCUCUGGAGCUCAAGAACACAACCGGCAAAACCCCCGUUCUGGAUGUGGGAGCCCUAUCGCGCAUCAAAGACGAACGUAUCAAGAUAGUAUCAGAGGUGGAGUCACUAACAAGCAACGGAGCCAAGUUCGUGGACGGGGGAGAGAUGGCGUUCCACGCGGUGGUGUUCGCAACGGGGUACAAGAGCAAUGCCCCACUCUGGCUCAAGGAGGCUGGUGUUCUCACAGCGGAAGGCAAGCCGGAGCACUCGUUCCCUAAUGGAGAGAAGGGCAUCUACUUUGUAGGCUUUUCAGGGAAAGGUCUUCUUGGCGCCAGCGUCGAUGCCAUCAAGACUGCUCUCGAUGUAUCUGCAAGAUGGACACGCCUCUCAGAGAGCAAAGAUGUUGGUCUCUAAGCCCACCACUUGCUGAUGAUACCAAUGCGACUGCACGUGAGCAAGGAAGCCACAUGGUGGCUGCCCUUCAUGGUGUUUUGGUGCUGUGGCUCCCUAGAGAGAGAUA